AUGUCAGAUAGAAUAAGUCCAUCUACCAGACCUUCAAUCGAAGAAAUCAUCGAAUUGACAUCAGUUUCUGAAAAAGGACCAGAUGUCUUCAUGAUUGCCCGUCCACCGUGGGCGUUUACCGGCGCUCGAGGAUUAUACAGGGGUACAACGACCGCGCAGUGCCUGGUAGCUGCUCAACACACGGUUUCUAGUGAAGCCAUCACUGUCUACAACAUGCAAAUUGGUUUUCUUCAUCCUGGCAAGCCAAACAUUCCGAUCGAAUAUCACGUAGAGAAGACGCGUGACAGCAAGAAUUUCGCGACGCGCAUUUUUCGAGGAUUCCAAGGCAGACAUAACUGCUACCGCGACAUUGAGCCUUGCAUCCGCAGUUGGAGCAACUGGGAGAGAAGGAGUGGUGCUCCAUAUGAACAUGGGAAAAAGAUGCCGACCGGUUUGAGCCCGCCAGAUCAGGCCGAAAUGGAGACACAUAAAGUGGAGGGACCUUUUGAAAUCCAAACGGAAAAAUUUCUGAAUAGUCUGUUACCUUUGGCUAUUUUGUUUUUCGUACAAGCUUCCUUCUAA